GGAAGGGAAGGGAAGAGGAAAAGAAGUAAAUGGGCAAAGAAUUAAAGGGAAGGAAAAAGGGAAGGGAAGGAAAAGAAAGUGGGAAGGAAAGGAAAGGGGGAGGGGAGAGAAGAGAAGAGAAGAGAAGGGCGGUGGGAAGAAGCGGCAAGGAAGCCCACCCACCCACUCCACCCCCGGGAGCUCGCCUAGGAAACGCGGAGGGCCAACGCCCGGCGGGAGGAAGGGGCGGUGGGAUCCAGGCAGGCUCUCCAGCAGCGCAUCUGGGCAGCAAAGCGCAGGUCGGACAGCGCAGGGCAGAGCCGCCUUGGGGGGGAAAGGAGGGUCCCUGCCUGUGCACCCCCCCUCCCCCCCCAUCCCCAUCCAAGGCGAGCAGGGCGCAGCGCAGCAGCGGCGGCGGCGCUGGCACGGCGGCAGCCUCCGGGGCAGGUGCUGGGCGCGCCGAGCCCUGGUGGCCGCUGCAGCCGGAGGAGAAGGAGGAGGAGGAGGAGGAGGAGGAAGGGGAGCGGGAGCCUCCCGCCUGCCUGACCCCGUCCAUGCCUCGGGGACCCCCGAGCGCUGGGGAGCCGCGGCCAUGGCGGAGGCGGCCGGCGAGGGCUCAGGUGAGAGCGCGGGGAGCGCCAGAUAAUCAUCCCAGGGAAGCAAACCAGGCUGUUGUCUUGGCAGGCUCAAACACUAUGUCUCCCGUGGCCCCUUCAAUAAAUUCAUUUACGGCGGAAUUUCCUAGAAAGCGAAAAGGGAGCGACUCCGAUACGCAAUAUACCUGUGACACCGAGGGCGAUGAUCUCCACAGCAGGAGUGAAGAUGAAGAGCAUGUGAAAAUUAAGUAUUUCAGGGAGGCCCACAGCCAAACGGAGAAAAAAAGGAGAGACAAAAUGAAUAACCUGAUAGAAGAAUUAUCGACUAUGAUACCUCAGUGCAGUCCGGUGGCUCGCAAGCUGGAUAAGCUCACCGUCUUAAGAAUGGCUGUGCAGCAUUUCAAGUCAAUGAAAGGUUCCCCCGGUCCUUACUCGGAAAUUAGGUAUAAGCCUUCGUUUUUGCAGGACGAUGAACUUCAACACCUCAUCCUUAAGGUUGCUGAUGGUUUUCUAUUCGUGGUUGGAUGCGACAGAGGAAGAAUCCUGUUUGUUUCGGAAUCUGUUUCCAAGAUACUUAAUUAUGACCCCGCACAUCUGACUGGCCAAAGCCUUUUUGACUAUCUUCACCCAAAGGAUGUGGCCAAAAUAAAAGAACAGCUGUCCUCUUCAGAUGCUUCAGCCAGAGAAAAACUGAUUGAUACCAAAACUGGUUUUCACAUGGAUUUCCAAGCGGGAUCCUCCUCUUUGCAUUCGGGUGCUCGGCGUUCAUUUUUUUGCCGCAUCAAGUACACCAAAAAUGCGGUCAAGGAAGAGAAGGAGUCCUCGUCCAACUCAAAAAAGAAAGAUCAUAAAAAGUACUGUACCAUUCAUUGCACCGGUUAUCUGAAAAUCUGGUCCACGAAUGAGGUGGGGAUUGAAGGAGAUACGGAGAAAGAGGGCGGCCAUUUUAAUUGCCUGGUGGCAGUCGGCCGAUUACACCCUUACACCAUUCCACAGAAAAGCUUUGAGAUUAAAGUCAAGUCCACAGAAUUUGUAACCCGCUUUGCCGUGGAUGGAAAAUUUGUCUUUGUAGAUCAACGAGCGACAACAAUUUUAGGAUAUUUACCCCAAGAACUGUUAGGAACGUCAUGUUACGAAUAUUUCCACCAAAAUGAUCACAAUCAUCUAACUGAAAAACACAAAACAGUGUUGCAGAGCAAAGAAAAAAUAUUUACGAAUUUCUACAAAUUCAAAGCCAAAGACAGCUCUUUUGUAACCUUAAAAAGUCAGUGGUUUAGCUUCACCAAUCCGUGGACCAAAGAACUGGAGUAUAUCGUGUCAAUCAAUACCGUUGUUUUAGGUCACAACGAAUCAGGGGAAGAAACGCUACUAGGCUGCAGUUCCCUGUCUCCAGAAGAUGUCACAAAACCACAAGUUCUUGAUGUGCCAGGAAUGUCCACGGAGACCAUCCUCGGAGCCGGUAGCAUAGGAACCAAAAUUGCAAACGAAGUUUUAGAUUUGCAAAGAUUACCCGCCUCUCCUCUGGGUGAACUAAGCCCAUCCGACCUUCUGAGGAAGUCUUCUUCUGGCCUACCCGUUACUUGCGAUGAGGCUCCAGAUAAAGUGCUUAAAGUGCUUAGUUCUUCAAGUUUGGAAGAUUUAGAAACUCCGGAGCAAACUCCAGAUGUGAUUUCAUUCUCCAACAAUGAGCCUCUACUCAGUGGCCCUUCUCAAUUAGAUUUUGAAAAAGAGACCGGCAUGACUGAUCUUAUGAAUUAUUUGGAAGCCGAAGGAGGAUUGGCUGAAUCCACCGAGCUCAGCGACAUGCAGUGGGCUCUCUAGAUUUACACUAGCCAGGAGAAGAUUAAACAUUUUCAAUGCACAAGAAGUAUAACCACUCGCCCUCGAGUACUGUACUGGUAUCUCUUAAAGCUUUAAUCCCUACUUUACAAUAUUUACAGUGUUAAUGUUUUGCCUUACUGAUCUUAGACUGCCAGGCUGAACAGAUGCAAUACUUUUUAAAAGACACACACACAAACCUCAAUUUUGUUAUCAGCGUGGAAGCAGACUUUAACUAAGCUUUCAACCUGGGUAUCUUUUCACCCGAACUCUUUGGAAGGGACGUUAUCGAGAGCGGCAAUAUUCCGAAAUACCUUUGCCGUUGUGCUAUUAUUUAUUGGUGGGGUUUUGUUGAUUAAUGUUGCUUAAUAUUUCUUCAGGAAAAAUACAGGUAAUUCUCAACUUAACGGCCGCAAUAGCGAAGAGAAUUUCUGUCGCCUUGCAAUAAUUAAGCGAAUCACACCUGAUUUCACAAUCAUUUUCGCCAUUUGUUGUUAAGUGAAACAUUUGUGAUUGUUAUGUGAAUCAUGACCUCAUUAAGUAUUCCCACUAAGUUUGUUGGAAAAUGGUUGGGGAAGGUUGUACACGAUCAUGCAAAUGUUUUAAAUCCAUGACAAGCACCCAAAUUUUGAUCAUGAAAUCAUGACUUGAUUGCCAAGUGAGACGCUCAUGAAAUGAGUUUUGCCCCCAUUUUGCGACCUUUCUUGCCACGGUUGUUGAGUGAGUCACCGCCAUUGUUAAGUUAGUAACCCAGUUGUUAAGUGAAUUGACUUGGCUUCUCAGAAGGGAUGGCAGGACCUCAGGAAACGGUCAUAAGUAUGAACCAGUUGCCAAGUGUCUGAAUUUUGAUCACAUGAUCGUGGGAAUGCUGCAGUGGCCGUAAGUGUGAAACAUGGUCAUAAGUCCCUUUUUUCAGUGCUGUUGUAACUUUGAAUGGUCACUAAAUGAAGUCAACUAUCUAUAUCAGGGGUCUCCAACCUUGGAAACUUUAAGACUUGUGGACUUCAAC